AUGCCGCUAUUCAUUCUGCUCCAUUUACAACACAAUGUGACCUUUCUGCAACUCUUUCUCUCUCUUCAUUUUCCCUCUCUCUUCUCUGCAACUUCAUGACCUCCAUGAUUAUUUUUUUUUCCUUGGGAAACCAAAAACUGAACCAAACCCCAAUACUAAAUUAUUAUUUUCUUGAACCAUUACUAAUUUAUUAAUUAGGUGUCAAAAUUUUAUUCUUUCAUUUCUUUAUUCUUCUUUAAGUUAAAACGAACUCUUAACAAACCACAAGUCUUCUUCAAUACCUUGUUUUUCUUCAUUUCCACUUCAUAUCAACACCAAAUUCGACAACCCCAUUUUACCAAAUUUCUAAAACAACCCUUUUAUUUAAGGGUUUAUAUAGAACAAAAAAAAAUGGAACCAAAGAAACCAAGAAAAAACAGAGGUUUUUAUGUUAGAAUGAAGUUGUUAAACAACAACAGAUAUGGUAGAACAAAUUUUUGUUACAGAUAUUUCAAAUGGUUACUUUGGUUUUCACUUUCUUUUUAUUUUUUUGCUUCAUUUCUAUUCAAUCAUAAACCUAAUACUUCUUCUUUCAUUUCUAAUAUUUCUAAAACAACCGUUCAUCAAUAUUCUGAAAAAGCUUCACGUGCCCUUAUUGAAUCAUCUAUCAAACAAAAUCACCAUCAAGAUUUGUUGAAUGGUUUAAAGAUUUACGUUUAUGAAUUACCAACGAGGUACAAUACAGAUUGGCUAUCAAAUGAAAGAUGUAGUAACCAUUUAUUUGCAUCUGAGGUGGCAAUACAUAAAGCUUUAUUGAAAAAUGAUGAUGUUAGAACAUUUGAUCCAUAUGAAGCUGAUUUUUUCUUUGUACCAGUUUAUGUUUCUUGCAAUUUUAGCAAAGUUAAUGGAUUUCCAGCUAUUGGCCAUGCUCGUAAAUUAAUUUCUUCAGCUAUUGAGCUUAUUUCUAUGGAAUUUCCUUUCUGGAAUCGAAGCUUAGGUGAAGAUCAUGUCUUUGUUGCUUCUCAUGAUUUUGGGUCUUGUUUUCACACAUUGGAGGAUGUGGCUAUGGCAGAUGGGAUACCUGAAAUUUUGAGAAAUUCAAUUAUAUUACAAACAUUUGGUGUUAAAUAUGAUCAUCCAUGUCAAAGAGCAGAACAUAUUGUGAUUCCACCGUAUGUUUCACCGGAAAGUGUACGAAAAACGCUUGCCACGUCGGAUGUUAAUGGUCGGCGUGAUAUUUUUGCAUUCUUUAGGGGUAAAAUGGAAGUCCACCCUAAAAAUGUCAGCGGGCGUUAUUACAGCAAGAAAGUCCGUACUGUUAUAUUAAAAAAAUACGGAAAUGAUCGGAGAUUCUACCUGAAACGUCACCGUUUUGCCGGUUAUCAAUCAGAGAUAUUACGUUCUACCUUUUGUUUAUGUCCAUUAGGGUGGGCCCCAUGGAGUCCACGACUCGUGGAAUCGGUCGUUUUAGGUUGCGUACCGGUUAUAAUUGCCGACAAAAUCGACCUCCCGUUUUCCUCCGCCGUACCAUGGUCGGAGAUAUCGAUCACGGUGGCGGAGAAAGACGUCGGAAAACUAGAUUCUGUUCUUGAACAUGUAGCAUCGACCAACUUAAGCAUCAUACAACAGAAGUUAUGGGACCCUAGAAUUACAAGGGCCCUUUUGUUUCAUGAUCGGACGGUUGAAGGUGAUGCCACGUGGCAAGUGUUACAUGCUUUGACAAAGAAGUUAAAUCGGUCGUAUCGAAGGUCAAGAGUUUCAAGCGAAUGAGAAGCGGCCACGUGGAUGGAAUAUAUUUGCUAGCUAAGAAAAAGGCUUCUUAAAGCUACGUGGAAAUGCGUAAAUGUGGGAGACAGCUAUGGAUGUGUUGGACUGUUCUUUUGACAAGACAACUCUGUUUAUUAUGUUACACUAAAAAUGUAUAUAGAGUUAGGGGAAGUGGGGUCUACUAGAGUUGUAUGCUGAGGUGGCAGAAUGUGAUUGGAGGAGGAAGCGGCUCGGGGUGGACAAGAGCUUAUGUUGUACAUGUGAGAAAGGAAUAUUAAUUUUUUAAUUGGUAAUGGGGGAAAUAUGGAGAGACAGGA